GUAGAAGUUGUAAGCAACAAUUCAAAACUGAACAAUUCCUAUGCAAAUCAAAGUAAACUUACAAUUUGAAAAAGGAAAAGUAACUGUAGUAAGGAAGUAAAAGAAAUGAAAUUGGCUGCAACUAUAUAACGUGGGAAGGGGUCGGAAAAGAGAACUUCCAAAUAGCGGAUGCACAUAGUCAAACGGGAGCGGGACAAGUUACAGAGAUUCGAUCGGUCAUCGGAGAUGUUCUCGCCGGCGAGAGUUGGAGCGUUGAAAUCAAAACAAUUCCAUAACAGUACUGCUGAUUUCCCCCUUAUCAUGUCCAUCUUCUUCCAAUCGUUAUCCAUACACUCAAGGCCUCCUUCGCCUUCUUUCCACAAUUAUUCCCUCAGAAAAAGGAGGAAAUAUCCACUCCCAAACUCCCCUUACAAAACCCAACAAUGGCAACAGUCAUCUUUAGCCCAUCAACUGUCGAUGCAGCUUUUCCUCAACCAAUCAUCAUCAGCUGAUCAGGAAUCCCAACUUCUCUCCACACUCAUUCACUCCUUUGCCGCCUACAGCUGCGAACCCACUCCCAAUGCUUAUUAUUUCAUGCUCAAAACCCUGACCCGAAAAAGACCCGAAAACUGGGAGCACCAGAUCUCACAGGUUGUUGAUCACCUCGAGAAAGUUGCGACCUUUGAAACACCGGAUUACAUUCUCAUCUAUUUGAUAAAGUAUUAUGCGAAAUGUGGCAUGACCCGGCACGCGGUGGAUCUCUUCUUCAGGAUUCCCAAAUUCCGAUCCGACCCUUCUGUGGAUGCGUUGAAUGCUUUACUCUCCGGUCUUCUUUCUGAUGGGAACGAAAAGGGUCUUGAAAUUGUACCCGAAAUCUUGACAAGGAGCGCUCGGGAGAUGAAUAUUCGGCUGGAAAGCUCGACUCUUGAUAUUCUGAUUACGGGUCUGUGUCGGGGCGGAAAGGUGAAUCAAGCCGUUGAACUACUGAAAUCCGCAGUGAACGACGGGUUUGAUUUAGGAAGGAAUGUUUUUUCUCGGGUAAUUGCCAGAAUGUGCGAGGGGAAAGACGAUGACGUUUUGGGUUUCGUUGAAGAGAUGAAGACAUUAGCGGGAUUUGUUCCGGGCAUGGGUGAUUGGUGCAACGUCCUUGGAUUUAUGGUGAAAAGAGGUGAAGCUUUGGAGGCUAUGGCUGUCUUGAAGCAGAUGAGAAGGGAAGGACUAAGACCCGACAUUGUUUGCUGCAACUGGGUCUUGAAUGGGUUGGUGAAGAAAGGGGAGCACGAGAAAGCAGACCAACUGUUUGAUGAAAUGCUCGUGUGGGGUUUGGUUCCCGAUAUUUUCAGUUUUAAUGCAAAGAUAAGGAGCCUUUGCGAGCGGAAUAAUUUGGCAGAGGCGGUAAAGAUGUUGGAUUGCAUGGAGGAAGUUGGUGGGGGUCGGCCUGAUUUGAAUACGUAUAACAUCAUCUUGGGUGCUUGUUGCCGGAAUGGGGAAUUGAUUCUGGGUAGAUCAAUUGUAAGUAAAAUGGAAAAGAAUGGAGUGAAGCUGCACAAAAACUCGCACAUCUACCAGGAUAUGAUGAUAGAAGAAAAAUGAAAUUGUAAAAUUUUCUUUUUGUAUAUUUUGGUGCAAAACAAUACUGUUAAUUACUACAUCUUAAAAAAUCUGGUCUUGAAAUUGACUGCAAAUCACAUCUUCACCUUCCUGAUGCGCCCCCUUCUCCGGAUAGUAUGUCAUUGCCAAAUUGUGAAUUUUAGUAAAACUAAGAGGGACAACGGUUCUCCAUCUUAUUAAAUCCAAUGUUACUAAAUUAAGAAAUC